AUGAUGAAUCGACACGGUGCCACGAACUCUAACCGACCUGCAGAUCAGGGCCAACUGUUUUCUGCGUUAAUGUCCGACAAUGGCCCCAACCAGGGAGCGUUUGUACCGGGUAGCACUGCUUUCUCCCUGGCACACUACCAGAACAUGCCUAACGAUCAGGUUGACUGGGCCGCCCUGGCCCAGCAGUGGAUCAAAAUGCGUGAAACCUGGAUGCAACCCAUGCCCACUUUAAUUCCAUCGCCGCCUCCACCGCCCUCAUUUGAUCGGGACACUUUCGACAGUUCGGCUGCGAGCGAUGCACACUCAAGAAACCGAUCCGGUCCGGGAGUCGAAUUCGAGGAGCAGGGUGAAGCCCCUAUGGAGGUAGAGCGGGAAGAUGACAGCGAUAUACCGGUUCCGCCGACACCACCAAAAAUCUCCAACGAUUGGCCAUCGACAGAUGAUACAUGGCGAAAUUGGUCAUGGCCAUCUUCGGGGAGCAGCACAUCAACGCUUGGCGACCAUCAUGUGCCACAAGCGCUUCCAAACAAUCAAAAACUGGCCGACGUCCAGCAACGGUCCGGGCCACCGGCAUCAGCAGCCGCUGCCAUUGCGCUGUGGCAGGCGAAAAACAGUCAUCUCUUCCCGGUCGCAUAUCCCAAAGAUCCCGCGACGAUGCGACAACAGACGACGGGAAACCGACGUAUGUUUAGCACGCAACCGAAACCGGCACGCCUGCCGGGGUUGAUGGAUCAGGAGAUAAAGAUGAGCGUGUCAUCUACCAGUUCGGUCACGUCCACGGAUGUGCACCGGGUAGAUUCGAAGGAGAACUUCAGCAGUGGUGGUGGUGGAUCUGCCACGAUCAACGAGGAAAAGCGCAUGAUGUUACCGGCAUGGAUUCGCGAAGGAUUGGAAAAGAUGGAACGCGAAAAGCAGCAAAAGCUGAAGCGGGAGCAGGAACACCGCCAACGAGAAGAGAAACUAUCCAGCCAACAAAAUCUUCGCUCUUUGUCACUGUCGCCUAGCCGUGAGGAGCUAACCUUGCCGUUGGGUUCGCCGGUAGCGCAAGAAGCAUCGCAACCGAAUCAAGAGAAGGUUGCAUUAAACGAACAGGACAUUGAACAGAUAACGAAGAAAAUAUUGACUGAAAUUUUUAUGGAAACAACAAACGAAGUAUUACUUUCCAUCGCCAAGGAAGAACAGAGCAAGGUGCAGAAGCGAAAAGCUAAACAGGCUGCCAGUUCAAAUGUUGGGCGCGCAACAUAUACCAGAGGACUUGGCCUUGGUAUAUAUGGCGAUAGUGAUGAGGAUGAGGAGGAAGAAGAAGAUCAGACGAUCAACGAUGUUAGCAAGGGUUCGAUGAGUGCAAAUGUUGGCUCUGAUCUGGAAAGUGCAAACAACUCGGACGACGACGAUUCCGAUAUAGAAGCGAUGAAAAAAAUGAUGGAAAAAAUACGCUACCGGCAACAGAAUUUCAAAUCUACUGCCGCGCAAAUCGAACAGUGGCUAGGCGAUGUGGCUGAGUACACGCCUUAUAACACUGAUUUGCAGACAGAGUCACUGUCGUCGGAUGAAGGUCCGGAUGAUGAGCUGCAGCGGAACGAUGAAGCUGAUUCCGAUUCCGAGCGUGCAGAAUCUCCUCGGCACGGAAAGGCAACCACCGGUAAUGGCUUCGUUACGUCGCAGUUCACGCCCUUUGUCAGCACAGCUCGACAGUCUGACCAAGCCAACAGAGCGAGUGGCAGCCAGGAGAAUGUGGUCCGCAAACGGCGUGAUAAACGCGUAUCGCGUUUCAGUGAUCCGCGGGACACGGUACGUACGACGCAUAUUACGCAUGUUUCGAUAGUAUCAACGCCCGCUGAAACAGUACGUCCCAAUAAAGCGUUGGAACUGUCUGCCGGUGUGAAUGUAGCCGCAAUUGGUACGAGUGCCGUCCGCCAGAAAUAUCCAGUACAAGAAGGGAAGGCACGGCAGCCUACCGGCCAGCAAUCCUUUAACUCGCACUUGAACGUACCACCGGGGCAAUCGUACCAAACGAUCUACAGUAUUAGCCCCGGUCCGAAGGGAGGGACACAUUCUAAGGCAUUGAGUGAUAUCGAGGAAAUGCGAAAGAAGCACCACCAGACAUCGAACAUCGACGGUGCGAAGAAGUCGUUUGGGGAGGAUAACGACAGCGGUAGCAGUCGUCGGAAGUAUCGCGACCGUUCGCGCUCGCGUUCAUCCCAUGGUUCACGGUCGAGCGGUUCACGAUCGGUUUCGGGCGAUUCACGCUCGUCCCGGUCCACUCUGUCACCGAGCAGCCACUACUCACGCUCGAGCCAUCGACGCUCCUCAUCCAAGCGAUCCCGUCACGAUCGCGACCGUCGUUCACCGUCGUCCAGCUCAUCAUCGCGCCGUCACCGUCGCGACAGUGGCGAUCCUUCCCGAUCCCGGUCGCGGUCCUCAUCGAAAUAUUCUUCCCGUCGACGGUUCUAA